AACACCCUGUGAAUAGCAGUUAAAAAGAUACUGAACUUUUUGUCUUUGCAUCACUGGCUCAUGUGCAGUUGAGCUCAGUAUUGGUAGAAGUCUGGCAGUUUAUAGGAGCUUCUGUGCAGUCAGUUGGUGGUCUGACUCCUGAAGAACAGUGUUGGGCAUGUGCCUGCAGGAGGAUUUAACACUUUCACUGGUGAGGGUGGUGCUUUCCAACGCAUAGGUGAUGCAUGUUUAGUUAAUGUGGGAAAACUUGGCUGGCUACUGCUGAUACUUCUUUCAUAUGUAUAUAUAUAAAAAUACACACACAUAUAUAUGUGUAUGACUUUAAACUUUGAUUUUGUAAAUCUGGCACUUUAAACAGGAAUAAAAUGGUUCCAGUACCAUAUUAGCCAAAGCAAAUAUUUACACAAGCAGUACAAAUGUUAUUGUAUUACAAAUCCAGUGUCAGAAUGGGCAGGGGAAGUCAAGCACAUUGACUGCAGCUAUUUAGUGAUUUUAAGACCUCUCAGAACAAAAUAUGCUCUUGCUUAGGGGUGAAAAUGUUGGUGGGGCUGUCAUUGAUACUCUCCAAUCUUGUUCACUUGCUCAUCUGAUGACUGCCUAAUUAAGCGUCCCUGAGAAAAUCACUGUUCAUAUUUCAGAUGCUGUUUAAAGUUGUUUGUUUUCCUUUGUGUGCUGUAAAUCCUCGAAUGCCAUCAGAAACACAAUUUGAUAACUCUGUAUUAUUAUCUUGGGUUAAGUGCUGUCUCAUUGCUUUGCAGGCUGCCUGCUGUUUCCCGGGGAGAUCAUGAAACGACGACGGCUUCCUAGCAGCAGUGAAGAUUCUGACGACAAUGGCAGUCUGUCCACCUGGUCUCAGCAUUCCAGAUCUCGACGUCGGAGGACGUCGUGUUCCAGACAUGAAGAUCGGAAACCUUCUGAGGGUUGUGUCUGAGACGAAAGCCAUCGCGUUUACACGACCCAGGAAGUACAUUGUUUCAUCAGGGUCGGAGACUCCGGAGCUGGGCUAUGUUGACCUUCAAACCUUAGCAGACAGCAUGUGUCGCUAUGACCUCAAUGAUGUGGACGUAGCAUGGUUGCAGCUUGCCAAUGAAGAAUUCAGAGAAAUGGGGAUGCCUGAGCUGGAUGAAUACACGAUGGAAAAGAUCCUAGAGGAGUUUGAACUACGAUGCUAUGAGAACAUGAAUCAUGCUAUUGAGACGGAAGAAGGACUUGGGAUUGAAUAUGAUGAAGAUGUUGUCUGUGACGUCUGUCAGUCUCCAGAUGGAGAAGAUGGCAACGAAAUGGUGUUUUGUGACAAAUGCAAUAUUUGUGUGCACCAGGCAUGCUAUGGGAUCCUGAAGGUGCCAGAAGGCAGCUGGUUGUGCAGGACCUGCGCACUUGGCGUUGAGCCCAAAUGUUUGCUGUGUCCUAAGAAGGGUGGAGCCAUGAAGCCAACUCGAAGUGGCACCAAGUGGGUCCACGUUAGUUGUGCUCUAUGGAUUCCAGAGGUGAGCAUUGGAAGCCCGGAAAAAAUGGAGCCCAUUACAAAAGUUUCUCACAUUCCCAGCAGCAGAUGGGCACUGGUGUGCAGCCUUUGCAAUGAAAAAGUUGGAGCUUCUAUACAGUGUUCGGUGAAGAACUGCAGAACAGCCUUUCAUGUUACCUGUGCAUUUGACCGUGGCUUGAAGAUGAAGACUAUCCUGGCAGAGAAUGAUGAGGUGAAGUUUAAGUCAUACUGUCCCACGCACAGUUCCACCAAGAAAGUGGAUGAGGAGACUUUCAGUGAAAGCCCAGGUCAGGAGAAUGGGAUUGGGAUUCAGGACGGCUCUCUUCCCGCCCACAUUGACCCUUUCCACAGCAUGACUCAAAACCAGGAGGAGGCCCACAGAGUCAGCCUCCGCAAACAGAAACUCCAGCAGCUGGAGGAUGAGUUCUAUACCUUUGUUGAGCCUGUGGAAGUGGCUAAAGUACUGCAGCUGCCAGAGGAGUCAGUGGAAUUUGUUUACCAGUACUGGAAGCUGAAAAGAAAAGCCAACUUCAACAAGCCUUUGAUUACUCCAAAGAAGGAUGAAGAGGACAAUCUGGCCAAACGAGAACAGGAUGUUCUGUUCAGAAGACUGCAGCUCUUCACACACCUCCGGCAGGAUCUAGAGCGGGUGCGUAAUCUCACCUACAUGGUGACCCGAAGGGAAAAAAUCAAGAGAUCUGUUUGCAAAGUUCAAGAACAGAUAUUUAAUACUUACGCAAAGCAGCUGGAACAAGAAAGAGUUUCAGGUGUGCCUUCCUCAUUCUCCUCCAUGGACAAUACAGUGCUGUUCAACAGUCCAUCUUUGGGCCCCAGUGUCCCUAAGAUAGAGGAUCUGAAAUGGCAUUCUGCAUUCUUCAGGAAACAGAUGGGCACAUCCCUAACUCAUUCCUUGAAAAAGUCACACAAGAGGGACGGAGUAAGGGAGAGCUUGGGGAAUGACAGCAAAGCCAUUCUGAGGCAGCCCGGCCAAAAAGAGGGCAGUGCAGCUCCAGGGAGCUUUUUACAUUUUGACAAGACCUGUGCAGAAACACGGAUUGCAUCAGCACAGCAGAAAAAUAGCGUAGUUAUACCAGACCAUAGAAAAAGCCAAGACAAUCGUUCACAGUGUGAGGUGACCAAGGCAGAACUAAAAGAAAAGACUUCUAAACACAACCACAAACCACUGAGACCUACAGAACUCUCUCAGAGGCAAUCAGAAAAUAAAAGGGCUGUGAACCACUCCAGUGGUAGGUCAGCACCUGGCAUGCGGAGGGAUAUAGUGCCUAAAUGCAACGGGGGUCUUGUGAAAGUAAACUCUAACCAGACAGCUGCAGUUCAAGUGCCUAUGACACCCACGAGCCCAGUGAAAAACUGGGGUGGAUUCCGAAUUCCAAAGAAGGGGGAAAGGCAACAGCAGGGUGAGAGCCUAGAGGAGACCUGCCGCCAGAGCUCCAGCUACCCCUACUUGGGCAGAGUUUCCCCGAAGGACAGAGCAAAAAGCAAGCUCAAGCCCGACAGUGAGAAUGAUGGGUAUAUCCCUGAUGCCGAAAUGAGUGACUCAGAGACUGAAGUGGCUGAAAAGAAGUGCCGGCAGCAGAGGCUCAGUCCAAACAACACUAUGAGCAGAAGGACAGACAUUAUCAGGAGAAGCAUUCUGGCAUCCUGACUGGACACAGGGACACAGAGUCACUGCCUACAAGCCAACUCCAUAUUAUUUAU